AUGGCUGAAUCGUUUGCUUUUGCCAUAGCUGACGGAGUUUUGGGGAAGUUGGGCUCUGCUCUCAUCCAAGGAGUCGGCCUUGCUUGGGGUGUUCAAACCGAGCUGGAAGAGCUCAGGGAUACUUUAUCCACCAUCCACGCCCUGCUCUUAGACGCUGAGGAGAAGCAAGCAACCAAUCGUCAGAUUAGCGAUUGGCUUGGAAAGCUCAAACUCGUCCUUUAUGAUGCAGAGGAUGUGCUCGAUGAAUUUGACUAUGAAGCUUUGCAGCAGCAGGUGGUGGCCAGCGGAAGCAUUACAAAAAAGGUACGCAGUGUCAUUUCCAGUCCAAAAUCGCUAGCGUUCCGUCUUAAGAUGGGCCGUAGAGUGAAGAACAUUAGAGAGAGAUUAGACAAAAUUGCAGCUGAUAAGUCUAAAUUCAAUCUCAACGAGGGUGUUGCAGACAGGCGUGUAGUGCCAAGCAAACGGGAGAUGACCCACUCCUUUGUUCGUUCUUCCGAUGUUAUCGGGAGAGACCAUGAUAAGGAAAAUAUUGUUGGACUUUUAAAGCAAUCUAGUGAUACUGAGAAUGUUUCUAUUAUUCCCAUAGUUGGGAUUGGGGGGCUAGGCAAGACAACUCUGGCUAAACUUGUGUAUAACGAUGAGAGGGUGGCGGGCCAUUUCCCAAUUAAGAUGUGGGUUUGUGUGUUAGAUGAGAGUGAUAUUGAAAAUCUGGUGAAGAAAAUCCUUAAGGAGAUGAAAGGUGAUGAAAAGUACAGUGACUUCUCCAUGGAGCAGUUGCAGAGUCAUCUUAGAAAUGCAUUAGAUGGUGAAAAGUUCUUGCUGGUUUUGGAUGAUGUGUGGAAUACAGAUCGUGAGAAGUGGCUUAAGCUGAAGGACUUGCUCAUGGACGGUGCCAAUGGAAGCAAAAUUCUUGUAACUACACGCAAGAAAUCAGUUGCUUCAAUCAUGGGCACUUUUCCCAUGCAAGAAUUAAAGGAUCUUUCCCAUGAGGAUUGUUUGUCUUUAUUUGUGAAAUGUGCAUUUAAGGAUGGAGAAGAUAAUCAAUAUCCAAACCUUCUAAAAAUUGGGGACCAGAUUGUUGAGAAAUGUGCAAGGGUUCCUCUUGCUGUGAGAAGUUUAGGGAGUUUACUUUAUUCAAAAAGGGGUGAACAUGAUUGGGUAUCCAUUAGAGAUAGCGAAAUUUGGAAAUUAGAACAAGGUGAAAAUGGUAUUAUGGCUGCAUUAAGGCUGAGCUAUUAUGAUUUGCCUCAUCACUUGAAACAAUGUUUUGCCCUUUGUUCGAUAUUUCCCAAAGAUUUCAAAUUUGAUAAUAAGUUCUUGAUCCCAUUUUGGAUAGUGCAAGGCCUCAUUCAAUUAUCUGGACAAAAUGCAAGAAUGGAGGACAUUGGCGAGACAUAUAUUAAUGAACUAUUAUCGAGAUCUUUCUUUCAAGAUGUUGAGCAGUUGACACCAGGAGUACUAUAUGAAUUCAAAAUGCAUGAUCUUGUACAUGAACUUGCCAUGUUUUUUGCACAACCUGAGUACUUCACACUAAGUUUUCAUAGUUAA